AUUCUUGGGAAGGACAGGAUUGGGUUACAAGGAGCUUAAACAUUUGAUUUAUGGGUCUGGAAACAAUGCUUGUUGUUAUAGCUGUUUUUUCAGAUUACAAAUUUUGAAGAAAGUUUGAGAUCAGCAGGUGAAUAUGGUUGUUGAGAAACAGGGUUCCAAGAGUGGAGGUUAUGUUGGUGGCUUCCUGCAGUUAUUUGAUUGGAAUGCAAAGUCACGGAAGAAAUUGUUCUCUAGCAAGUCUGACAUACCAGAGCUAUCCAAACAGAAGAAGAGAUGUGAUGGGAACUUGCCUAUGACUCGUGUUCAUUUGAACAAUGAGGAUGACACUACAGCUGUGUCCAGUGUCAAAGGAAGCAGUGACUACAGUUGUGCCUCAUCGGUAACUGAUGAGGAAUAUUAUGGAAUCAAACCUGCUGGUGUCGUUGCAAGGCUUAUGGGAUUGGAUUGCUUGCCAUCCUCUAAUUUGUCAGAGCCUUACUCUACUCCAUUUUUCGAUUCUCAGUCUCUAAGAAGCGCUCCUUCCCUUUCGAGAAACCUCGAAUACCAGCAAAGUUUUCAAACAGUAUAUUCCAGCAACCUCCAUGAGAAGAUGGAGGAUCUAGGAAGGAGCUCAUUUGAGCCAAAGCAACAGAAGAUAAUCAGUAGGCCCAUCGAGAAGUUUCAAACGGAGAUUUUGCCUCCUAAGUCGGCUAAAUCAAUCCCAGCCACUCAUUAUAAGGCUCUAUCCCCAAUCAAAAGGGCCAAUUCUAUCCCACCUCAGAAUGCAGCUCACAUAAUGGAAAUAGCUGCCAGAAUACUUGAUGCAGGACCUCAAGCUACUUCGAAAGUAAAAUCGCCCCUAAUUGGAUCUUCUUCAGUACCCUUGAAGUAUAAAGGUUUAAAAGAAAGGGCUGAAGCUUCUCAAAAGGUAGUCAAGAUUGCUGAAGCUUCUCGGAGGCCAGCUGAAUCUAAUGCUUCGAAGUAUCUUAAAGGGCAACCUAUGAAUAAGAGCUGGAAUGGGUCGGCAGAUAUAGCCAGGCAGAAGGAUUUCUCAGAUUCUGAUGAAUCUUUUGGUGGAGGCAAAACUAAAGGAAAAUCUGUUUCACUAGCCUUGCAAGCAAAGGCCAAUGUUCAGAAAAGAGAGGGCCUAAAUGCAGGCAGUAGCAGAAGUGUACUUGUCCAGAAAGAACCACCAAGUAAAGUCAUCUCAAACCAGUUGUUUACAAGCCAACCUACUACAGAAAAAAACACACACAAGAAACCAUCUGUACAUAAUAGUUCAAGUGUUCUGCGGCAGAAUAAUCAGAAACAAAAUAGUAUGGCUGAUAGGGGCAAGUCACCUUCUAAGCAAUUUAUUUCCAAUUCACAAGGAAAACGAACAGUCAGUGGUGAUUCUUCCUUUGUGCGACAGAGAAGUUCAGGUAAAAUGGCUGAAAACUCCAAAGUCAGCUCCAGACGGUUGAGCAGAGAGGCAGACAAUAAAAAGGAAGAAGCAUAUUCUUGUACUAAAAGUGUGUCACGUAAGAAACGGCCUAGUGACGGUGAUAUCCAGUAUGAGAAAAAUCAGGCUACUGGAAGUAUGUCUACUCAUAAAAGUGGCAAGCUGAUUCAGUCUGGCACAUUCAUGGAUAGGGAAAUACGCUGGGGUGAGAACAGUAAAGGGAAAGGGACAGACAUUAUUUCUUUCUCUUUCAGUACUCCCCUAACUCGAUCGAUGCCCACGGCUGAGCUCCCAAGAGAAGUAUUAGGGAAAAGUCAUGAGUUUAGCACAGACUUUCGAAGUAACAAGAUGCAGCUCACCUCAGAUUGUAUGAAUAAUCUUAAGGCUCCUUUGGGGCAUAACUUGAGUGGAGGGGAUGCUUUGAGCACUCUUUUGGAUCAAAAGUUAAGAGAAUUAUCUUCUGUAGUUGAGUCUUCACGCCAGAAAACAUCCAAUAGUUCCUCAUCGAUUUUCCAGGAUCUGUCACCAUCUCUGAAUGGCUUAUCAAAGACCACCAUGUUGCAUGUUAACAGGAACCAUGAUGACAUGGAAGUGGAUGAUUUAGUCAGCCCUUGCAACCCUGGCUUUUCUUCUACUGGUCCUCUGGGAAUCACUGGGCAGCACAAGCAUCAGGGGAUUGAAGAGGAACUGAGUGAGUAUGGUAGCAGUGAAUAUGAAUGCAGGAAGGUGUUUGGCAGUCGGUUCCUGAGCCCUAUUUCUGUUCUUGAGCAAUCUUUUCUUACUGAAAGUUGCAAUUCUUCAGAUACUGCAGAAAGUAACAAUACAGGAGCUUGCAAGCAAAGUUCAUCGGUACAAGCUAAAGAAGUGUUUGGUAUAUGCUCGUGGAAUAAGUUCCACUCUAUGGAACCUGAGGUAGAUUUGUUAGACUCUGCCUCUUCAACUUUUGGUAAAGAGGAAGACGGCAAAUCAUCAAAUUGGGAGCUGGAAUAUGUGAAGGACAUACUAUACAAUAUUGAGUCGAUGUUCAUGGAUUUUGCAAUGGGAAGGUGUCAGAAGAUCAUCAAUCCACACCUUUUUGAUCAACUGGAAAGGAUAAAUAGUCAUAGACAUGAUGAGCUAAAACAAAGACGAAAGGUUGUAUUUGAUUGUGUGGGUGAAUGCUUGGACUUAAGAUUCAUGGUGGAGGGUGGAUAUGAUUCAUGGUCAAAAGGUCUAUUGGUGGUUAAAAACAAGAAGAGGCUAGCAGAAGAAGUAUAUAGGGAAAUUUCAGGGUGGAGUGGCAUGGGAAACUGCAUGGUUGAUGAACUCGUAGACAAGGACAUGAGCAGCGGUUUUGGAAGAUGGAUGAACUUCGAAGUUGAAGCAUUUGAACUGGGAAUACAGAUCGAGAAACGAUUGCUAAAUUCAUUGAUUGAUGAAGUAGUUGCUGACAUCUUGCUACUCUAACAGAUUUUUAUCUUCAUCCUGUCGAUACAAUUCUUGAUCUUGCUCCAUGUGAAUUUCGCACAUUCUUCUUGUAUGUUUUCUUCAUACAUCUCUUAUGAUUAGAAAAAUUAAACCGAAAACAGCUUUU